GUCAACCCUGUCUCCUCCUGAAGAAGAUCCAUGUAAACUUGCAACAUCAUGACUCAGUCAGGUCAAAAAAAAAAAGUAUCAGUAAAGUCUUAAUGGUUCUUACCACACACACAUGCUCAACUAGAAUUUUUCACAUGAGCAUGAACCGACUGUCCUCUACUUUUCCCCUUUUUUGUCAGCAUCUCAUCAUCCCCUCAAAAAUAGGGCUUUCCAUUCAAGUUCAGCAGACACUCAUGACAGGGAAAGGAGACGAGAAAUGUUGGGGCGUGUCUGUGGAUUUCACGCUAUGAUGAUCGAAGGCCUUUAUUAGCACUGAGAGUUUAUUUUUUUGCACCUCUCCACCUCCUACAUAUUCCUCAACCCUCUUCCUCAUUGGAUCCUUUUUCCUCAAAGUAGUCUGUAACAUAAGCUGAAGGAUCACUGUCAUAGACCAGGAGCAGGACAACCAUCACUUUUAUUUUGUCAGUUUUCGGUGAAAGCUUAUUUUUCAGCUUUUUUGGACUAAUACUCCGCACUUUUUAGAUUACUUUAAUGUCACAGUCCUCAGGUUUGAGAUAUCUCUAAGGAAAAAAUACAAAUGCAGCAGAUUUGGUUUUUACUUUUGUGCCUUAGUGGCCACAUUUUAGUAACGCUAGGCUCCUUAAAUGAUGUGAACAUGAACUUGGAAAUCUCCAAGCCUCCUGAAGUGGAAAAAGCCGACGCUCUCUUCUCUGGGAUUGAUACAAGAGUGGAACUAGUGGACAAACUUGAAGAGAAUGAAGAUGUGCAGUUCCAAAAUGAUGCAGAAAAUACAGAGAACCUGGUGCAAACAGAUUUAAAAAGUCCCGAGGCCAGCAGAGGGAGAAGAAGCGCUUGGGGCAGGAGAUACCAUGCAGCUCCAGUAGAGGGCGCCAUAUACAGAAUGGUGAGGGCUCAAAAAAAAAAAAUAGAAUUAAAAGAAAACAGCUUUUUGGGUAAUGACUUUGUUUUAAUUUUUGUUUGUUCAUGCCUUUGGUUAAUGACAUCACUGUCUUUGCAGGCAGGGCUGGGGCGACCUCUGAGCGGCUGGAGAAAGCGCGGAAAAGCUGAGAUGGAGACGAGUGUGCUGAUGGCUGCACUGAAAGAGCUUCACACACACAAGAGAACACUAAUGGAUGUUGGAAUGACCCAAAAGGAAGAGGAAGAAGAAGAUGAUGAUGAAGAGGAAGAUGAUGACGAUGAAGAGGAAGAAGAUGAUGAUGACGAAGAGGAGGAAGAAGAGGUUUCAACUAUCAAACGUUUCUAUUUAUCCUUUCAGUACGCAGAAAUGUAUAGAAUGGAUUUAUUUUCUGCUAUGUGUGUGUGUGUGGAACAGGAGGAAGAAGAAGAGGAGGAGGAAGGAGAGGGAGAAGAAGAAGAGGAGGCUGAAGAAGAGGAGGCAACUGAAGCACCCAGCAAUCAAACAGAGACAAACUCCAACAUGACGUGGCCUGCUGCUGAAUGUCAGACUGCAGAAAAAGAAAUCAGCUGCAGAGGUGUCGGCCUGACUCAGCUGCCGGUCCUCCAGAACCCGGAGGCCACAAAGCUGGAUGUUGCAGGGAACAACAUCAGCAUUGUCACUGCUCGAGCUUUCCUUGGUCUGCCGCGUCUGGAGACAUUGGACCUGAGCCAGAAUGAUCUGGAUGAUGAGUCAUUCCGCCAAAAACCGCUGUUUAAUCUGACAUCUUUGAAGAAACUCAAUCUAGCGGACAAUCGGAUCACUAGGGUACCUGCACUACCCCCGUCCCUGGAGGAGCUCAGGAUCAACAACAACAAGCUCAGUGGACUCACACCUGACUGCUUCAAAGGCCUUGUAAACCUGUUGCAUCUGGAGCUGCAGGACAAUAUCCUUCAUGAAGGCAGUGUUUCACCUUCUGCAUUCAGUCCCCUGCAGAGCCUUUUGUACCUGCAUCUGGACAGAAACCAUUUCAGUUCCAUCCCACGGGGCCUUCCAGCCUCUCUCCAGGUGCUCAAAAUCAAGAAAAAUCAGAUCUAUGAAGUGAGAGGAGAACCACUGAGGGAUUGCAUUCAUUUGAAAGAGCUGGACCUGAGUCACAACCACAUUUACGAGCAAGCCAUUGCUUCAGAUGCCUGGAUCCGUCUGAAGUCUUUAGAAGCUUUGGACUUGUCCCACAACCAGCUGACAUCCAUCCCAGUUAAUCUGCCACGUCCUCUUCGAAAACUCAACUUGCAACAUAACCGCAUCAGUCAGCUCCCCGCAUACCCGUUUCGUCAUCUAAAACCGGGCCUGCAGGCCCUCCAUCUAUCUCACAACGCAUUGAAAGACAAUGGGAUAGGGCGAAGGGCUUUUGUUGGAACAUACCGCUCUCUGAAAGAGCUUCUGCUUGACAACAAUUACCUAGAAGAGGUUCCUCCAUGCAUCAGGCAGUUUAAGAACCUGCAGAUGCUCAGACUGGACAACAAUAAAAUAAGGCUGAUGAGACCGUGGGGAGUGUGCCACCCUCGUAAUUCUGGAUCUUUGGCUUCAGUCCACCUUGAAAAUAAUCUCCUUGAAGUGGAGACGCUUCCCCCAAAGGCUUUCUCCUGUGUCAUUGAUGCCAAGGGACUGAUCCUUUAUCCACAGCAGUACAAAAAGGAUGAAAAUACUUGAUCAAACAAACAAACAAACAAAC